AUGUCUGUACCUACGGUAACUUUGUCCAACGAGGUUACAAUACCGGCCAUUGGCUUUGGCACUUGGCAGGUAAGUAAUUAUGGUUUUUUAAUACUGUUACAAACGUAUAUUUGUUUAAAGAAUAAUUAUGAUUUGUAAAGUAUAUGGUAUCACAGUUUGAUAUUGUAAUUUCAGCUGAAUACCACCAACAUUAAGGCUAGUUUGUCAGCGGCCAUUGAAGCCGGCUACCGUCUCAUUGACACUUCUAGAUCGUUUGGCAACGAAGAGAUGAUUGGCGAAGCGAUUUCUGAGUUGAUCCAGAAGAAGAAAAUCAAACGCGAAGACUUAUUCAUUACGACCAAGGUGAGCGUCUUUGUAGCUAGUAUAAUGCAUAAGGUUUAGCUUCCAAUCUACGCCCACCGUAACGAAAUCACUGACAAUGUAAUUGAUCUGUCUCUGAAAGCCUUAGGCACUCCGUAUAUCGACCAGUACCUUAUUGAGCUACCGUGUGCCGUUCAAGGCGACAUCUCUGGAUCGUUGAUGGACAAAAACGGAAUACCAAUACCAGACUUGGCUCCACAAACAGAGACGUGGAAGGUACUGGAAGAUGCGUACAAGUCUGGCAAGGUCAAGUGUAAGAGUUAACAUAAAAUAAUAUGCAAAGCCUUAUGUUUCGUGAAUAUGAAGCGUAGUUAUUGUAUUCGUUAUAUUUAUUACAAAUUUAGCGAUUGGACUAGCUAAUUUCAACGAAUGGCAGAUCCAAGCCCUGUACACGACCGCUGAUGUCAAACCUCAAAUCCUGGAAGUCGAAUGUCACAUUCUGUUACAACAACCAGAACUGUUGGCCUUCUGUAAGAAGAACAACAUCACGGUAAUGGCGAGUGCUCCACUCGGCUCACCUCAACGGUCAAGCUCGGACUGGAAGACGAAUUGGCCAGAAGGUAACGUGCUGGGCCAUCCUGUAGUCCUAGACAUGGCCGGAAAGCAUCGUAAAACAGCGGCGCAGGUAAUGUAUUUAAUAACCUUGUUUUAUUAAGUUGAACCGAAAGAAAUGGGACACUUUUCAUCGUAUAUUAUAAUUAACUCAUUUUUUGAAUAUUUUUUGUUUUCUCUAGUAUAUUAUGGUUCCACUUAAUACCUCUUAAUGUUUGUUUUUAGAUUUGCCUGCGGGCAUUGCACCAACUUGGAGCCAUUCCCUUGCCUAGCAGUACCAACAAGUCCCACAUCAAAGAAAACAUUGACAUCUUUGGCUUCAAAUUGUCAUCACAAGAGAUGGAGCAGGUCAAGGCCGCUAACGCCAACAUACGAUUGUUCGUAUACGACUUGUAA